GUUUAACCUCUCAUAGACAAGAAGUCCCAGCGUGGUGGGGUUGCACACGCCUUUAAUCCUGGCAGCCACUGAGGCAGAGGAAGAUGGAUCUCCCUGAGUUCAAGGCCAGCCAGGACUAUAACACAGAGAAACCCUAUCUCAAACACAAGUCCCUUGAGCUUUUCCCCUGUGGCCAGAUCUGCCUAACACUGUUCAGUUUGCACCUGAGAACCCAGCUGCUACCCGUAGAGCUUGGUACUUGGAGCGCACUCCUUCCCCUGACUAGCUAAGGUGGUUUGGUGUUAGAAGCAAGGUCCUUUUCUCUUGGUUUGACCCACCCACAGUGUGGGGAAAGCCUGCCAGGGACCUGACUCAACCUUGAGAUUGCUAGCAGACACAACACGGGGUGGGGGCACUGCAGGCAGGAGCAGAGCCAAGCAGAUACCCAGCUGCAGCCUGCCACUAGGCCCCUUGGCGCUCUGAACUUAAGUCCUCUUCCAUAUGGACCGCCGCACUGUGGUGCUCAUCACCGGCUGCUCCUCCGGAAUCGGCCUACACUUGGCUGUUCGGCUGGCUUCCGACCCUUCACAGAGCUUCAAAGUGUAUGCCACAGUGAGGGACCUGAAGGCCCAAGGACCACUGUUGGAGGCAGCCCGGGCUCGAGGAUGCCCUCCUGGCUCCCUGGAGACACUGGAAUUGGAUGUCAGAGACUCAGAAUCAGUGGCCGCUGCCCAGGCAUGCGUGACCGAGGGUCGUGUGGAUGUGCUGGUGUGUAAUGCGGGCCGAGGCCUAUUCGGGCCCCUGGAGGCUCAUGAGCUGGACGCAGUGGGCACUGUGCUAGACGUGAACGUGGCUGGGACCAUUAGGAUGCUGCAGGCCUUUCUGCCAGACAUGAAGAGGCGUCACUCCGGGCGCGUGCUGGUGACUGCGAGUGUGGGGGGCUUGAUGGGGCUGCCGUUCCAUGAAGUUUACUGCGCCAGCAAGUUUGCAAUCGAAGGUCUGUGCGAGAGUCUGGCGAUCCUGCUGCCGCUCUUUGGAGUCCACUUGAGCCUCAUCGAAUGCGGGGCAGUUCACACAGCCUUCCACAAGAAGCUGGAGGGCGGCCUGGGCGGGGCUCUGGAGCGAGCAGAUCCCCAGACCCGCCACCUCUUUGCGCACUACCAGGGUCAUUAUGAGCAAGUCCUGAGAGAGGCGCAGGACCCAGAAGAGGUGGUUGAGCUCUUCCUGACCGCAAUGCGAGCCCCACAGCCAGCGCUGCGCUAUUUCUCCACACGCCGCUUCCUGCCGCUGGUCCAAAUGCGCACAGAUGAUCCCAGUGGCAGCAGCUACAUUGCUGUCAUGCGCCAGGAGGCCUUCAGUGACCUACAGGGGCCAGAGGGCACCAAGCCUGGGGCCGGAGUCCAGGGGAACCCAGACAUGGCCUCCAGCGCCCCUAUUGGCCUUCCUGGGUGUGUGACCCCUACGGUGGCAUCUGAAUUGUGCUGCCCUGCAACGGAUAAAUCUGGUCAGGACAAAUCAUGUUACCAGCAAAAGAACUAAGCCAGAGUCUCCUUUCUCUUUUUCUUUUCUUUCUUUCU